UACCAAUAAAUCUAUAGAUUUUAUCGGAUUCGUCUAAUUUAAUCAUGUCUAAUAUAGUAGUACUACUAUUAGUACUUUUAUCAGGUUUUACAUCAAAUGCAUUAGAUUGUCGAGAUGAAAAUAACAACCCUGUAGAUUGGUUCAUUGCGUACAAAAUACCACAACAACACGACGAAAAUACGUUAGUCCAAGAAGGACUCGGCUACAUUUACCUAACUUCAGACGAAUCCACAUCAUGGAAACUAUCUCAAAAUUCUAUUGAUGAUGAAAGUUCUCUUACCGGAAAUACGUUAAAAGAAUAUUAUCAAGAUAAAGAUAGUUUAUCGUAUAUUUUCUACAACGAUCAACCGCCAAACCAUAGCGCUUCUUCCAAUUUAGGCCACACUAAAGGUGUGGUAAUGGCUGAUUCAGAAGGAGGUUUUUGGUUGAUACAUUCGGUACCAAAGUUUCCCGAUGAAGGUUCCGCUUAUGUGUACCCUAAUAGCGGUAGAAAAUACGGACAAAUGCUAAUUUGCGUGUCUAUGGACUUAACGAAUAUUAACAAAGUCGGAGUACAAUUGCAGUACAACGUACCCUACAUUUACCAAGCGAACGUUUUGGAUAAUAUGGAAUCAGAAUUAUCGGAAUUGGCAAAAGCGGCUAUGAAUGUAACUGUAGAUCAAGCUCCUUGGUCACAUGUCACCGAAAUCAAUACGAAAAACAACUUUACAUUCACAUCUUUCGCUAAACAUAAUAAAUUUCAUCAAGAAUUGUAUGAGGAUCUCGUUGCACCUUAUUUGGAAACUGAUUUGGAGGUGCAGACCUGGCCUAGGAGCUCGGGAAGAUUAACAUCCAAUUGUUCCGAAGAAUAUAAGGUGUAUAAUAUAGAAACAAUUGAAUUGCCUAUAGACGAAAUUAACUUUAAAUCUACUGUAGACCAUUCAAAAUGGGCGGUUUCUAGGGUGACUUCCGACAAAACAUGGGUUUGCAUAGGUGACAUCAAUAGGGCGCAAUAUCAAUCAUUUAGAGGAGGUGGUACAAUAUGUUUACCCGACCCUGUAGUAUCCCAAAUAUUCCAAAAUUCUGUUGGUUCCAUAGAAGAAUGUUCGUUAUAAGAUAUAUAAAAAACAAUAUUUCUUACGAUUUUAUUCAUCGUAUUAUAGUAACUAUUAAUUAUGUAUGUUUCAUGGUUAGAAAAAUAAAUCUUCACUAAUA